AUGGCUGAUGGUAACAAUUAUCGUGCAGGUGAUAGUGGACAGCAAAAUGAUUCAGAUGAUACAACAAGGAAUGAUGAAGAUUCUAGUGCUAGCGGUCAAAGUUCAAUUAACAAUAUUGCAACAAAUGAUGAUAUUAAUCUUAAUUGUAACGCUCUACCUCUACCUCACAAUGAUAUUAACACUUUGAUAAGAAAUAUUAUCGAAAAAAUGAAUGAUAAUAGUUCAUUCAAUCAAAAUGAUGAUUGUUCACAAUCUGAUUAUCCGCAAUCUAUUAUGAAUGCAAGAUAUUCUGAUAAUUCAACAAUAACUUCAGUCGAAACUUUGAGUUGGGAUGAAAUCGAGAAGAAAAAUGAUACGACAGAACAUCCUGCAAGUUCCGAGGAGUCAACAAAUUCGGAAAAUUCAACAAAUUCUGAAAAGUCAUCAAUAAGUUCCGAGUCGUCAACUAGCCUAAUUGAGCCAUCAGAUUCGAAUAAUCUAGCAAAUUUGGAACCUUUGGAAGAACACCCAGAGAAUCCAUCAAAUUUAGGGAAUCCGUUAGAACAUUCGGUAAGUGCGGAGUACUCAACAAACUCAAAGCAUUCAUCAAGUUCUGAAUACUCAACAGGUCCGGAGCAUUUAGCAAAUCAGGAAAAUUCAUCGAGUUCAGAGAAUUCAACAAAUUCAGAAUACUUAACAGGUUUGGAGCAUUUACCAAGUCAGGAAAAUCCAUCAAGUUCUCAUCAUAUGUUGGGUUCAGAAUAUUCAACAGAAUUGAAGCAUCCACAAAAUCCGAAAUGUUCAAUGCAUUCAGUACGUUUGAUAAGCUCAAUAAUACCUGAAAGUUCAGGCCCAUCACGAAAUUUUGAAACUUCUGAAAUUCUGCGAAAUUUGAACAGCCAAGAAUUUUCGACAUCAUUUGAGGAGGAGGAGGAAGGACGAAGGAUUCUCAUUGGUCCUAUUGAUCCAAUGUUGCCAAUAUCAUUAGAUGAUUCAAAGGAAGCUUCAACUGAAACUUCAAAUAACGAUGGUGAUAGCUCAGAAACGGAUGAUAUCUAUCCUUUUUUAACAACUUCUACAACAGAUGCCAAUGUUAUCGAAGAAACUCCUGAAAUUUCUUCUCAACAAUCAUUGAAUAUGAUACCAUAUGAAAUAUUAGCAAAUCCAGAAAAUGACCAACAAACAAUUAUGCGCGGAAAUCCAUUAAUUAUAAAUGAUGAGUCAUAUGUGGAAUAUUUUAUAUGUUCGCAGUAUUCUUCAAGUAGUUCAAGAAAUUCUGAACAACCAUUAGAUGAAGAGAAUUUGUUAGCUGAAACAGAACCAGAAAAUCAACAACCAUCCGUACAACAUUUGGAUAAUCAAGAUAAUGCUAUUUAUAAUAUCAAUGGACUUUAA